GAGUGUGCUUUUUUUGUCGUGUUCUUUUGGUUUCCCGGGUUUUCGCUAUUUCAUCGUGUUUCACUUCCAGCUCUCAAAAUCGCGAUUCAAAUAGAGACAGAGAGGGUCUAGGGUUUUUUUCGUAUGGUACAGUUUCGGACUCAAGAAUCUUCGAGUUCGGCUAAGUUUCAUUAUUUCAGGUUAACCUAGAAACAACGAUGUCUGAACGUCGUGCUAAGCGUCCCAAAAUCUCCAGAGGGGAAGAUGACUUUUUACCUGGGAAUAUUAUUGAAAUCGAGCUUCACAAUUUCAUGACGUUUAACCACUUGGUAUGCAAACCUGGUUCACGUUUGAACCUUGUUAUUGGACCAAACGGAUCAGGUAAGAGUUCUCUCGUCUGUGCCAUUGCGCUUUGUCUUGGUGGUGAGCCUCAGCUUCUUGGCAGAGCAACCAGUGUUGGUGCAUAUGUUAAGCGUGGUGAAGAUUCUGGCUAUGUCAAGAUCUCUCUUAGAGGGAACACCAACGAAGAAAAUUUUACGAUUUCCCGUAAGAUCGAUACACGUAACAAGUCGGAGUGGAUGUUCAAUGGUAACGCAACUAGUAAGAGAGAGGUAGUUGAGAUCAUCCAGAAGUUUAACAUCCAAGUUAACAAUCUUACGCAGUUCCUGCCACAAGACAGGGUUUGCGAGUUUGCUAAGUUAACGCCUGUGCAGCUUUUGGAAGAGACAGAAAAAGCUGUUGGUGAUCCUCAGUUGCCAGUCCAUCAUCUCGCGCUUGUUGAUAAAAGGCGUGAACUGAAGCAGCUUGAGAGAGCUGUGGAGAAAAAUGGGGAGACGCUGAAUCAGCUUAAGGCUCUUGUUGAUGAGCAAGAGAAGGAUGUGGAACGUGUUAGGCAGAGAGAGUUGUUUUUGACCAAGGUUGAUUCUAUGAAGAAGAAAUUGCCAUGGCUAAAGUAUGAUAUGAGAAAGGCUGAGUACAUGGAUGCUAAGAAGAGAAUGAAGGAAGCGCAGAAAAAAUUGGAUGACGCUGCAAGGAAUUUGAACAGCAUGAAGGAACCUAUUGAAAAGCAAAAGAAGGAUAAAGCAGAGAUGGAUUCAAACUGCAAAAAGGUUAAGAAUCUCCUGGAUGCAAAUGGAAGAAACCGUGGUAACUUGCUUGAAAAAGAAGAUGAGGCAGAAGCACGUGUAGUGGCAACAUACAAAGAACUGGAGGAACUGAAGAAACAAGAAGAGCAUCGCCAAGAAAGGAUUCUGAAAGCUACUGAGGAUCUGGUUGCUGCGGAACGAGAACUCCAAGAUCUGCCUGUAUAUGAACGUCCUGUAGCCAAACUUGAAGAAUUGAGCUCUCAGAUUGCAGAGUUGCAUCAGAGCAUUAACCGAAAGAGGAAUCAGAAGGAGGAAAACGAGAGGCUUUUGUUUCAGAAGAGAUUCACCCUGAGGCAGUGCGUAGAUAAGUUGAAGGACAUGGAGAAUGCAAAUAACAAACUCUUAAAUGCGCUACAUAAAUCUGGAGCUGACAGGAUAUUUGACGCAUAUCAAUGGGUGCAACAGAAUCGUCAUGAGUUUAAAAAGGAAGUAUACGGUCCCGUUUUGGUUGAAGUUAACGUUCCAAAUCGAGAGAACGCUUGCUAUUUGGAAGGUCAUGUUCCUUAUUAUGUCUGGAAGUCUUUUAUCACUCAAGAUUCCGAGGACCGUGAUUUCCUAGUUAGAAAUCUAAAACGAUUCGACGUUCCUGUUCUAAACUUUGUGGGCGAAGGCGGCAAUCAAAAGGCUUCCUGUCAUAUUUCUGAUCAGAUGCGUUCUCUUGGGAUCCAUGCUCGGCUUGAUCAAAUAUUUGAUGCUCCUGACGCCAUCAAGGAGGUUUUAACUUCCCAGUUUGGUCUGGAUGACUCGUACAUUGGAUCGAAGAUUACUGAUCAGAGGGCUGAAGAGGUUUCCAAGUUGGGUGUUAGAGAUUUUUGGACACCGGACAAUCACUACCGGUGGUCUUCCUCAAGGUAUGGUGGUCAUUCCUCUGCAAGUGUAGAUUCUGUAUAUCCAUCACGUCUUUUAUUAUCUGAUAAAAGAGAUCUGAGCAAAUGCUUGAAAGAUAUCGAUUCGCUAAAGGAGAAAUGGCUUCCAACAUUGAGACAGCUUGUUCGUCAGAUAAAUGAAACUUUCAGCCACAACUUUCAAGAAAUGGCAGUUGCAGGAGAAGUUUCAUUGGAUGAGCGUGACACCGACUUUGAUCAAUACGGAAUACAUAUCAAAGUGAAAUUCAGGGAGUCAGGGAAACUACAGGUUCUGAGUUCUCACCACCAAUCUGGAGGAGAACGUUCUGUCUCAACAAUCCUUUACCUCGUCUCUCUUCAAGAUCUGACCAACUGUCCUUUCAGGGUUGUUGACGAGAUUAAUCAAGGUAUGGAUCCUAUAAACGAAAGGAAGAUGUUUCAACAAUUAGUUAGAGCUGCAAGCCAACCAAACACACCACAGUGCUUCUUACUGACCCCAAAACUCUUGCCGGAGCUAGAAUACAGUGAAGCAUGUAGCAUUCUGAACAUCAUGAACGGUCCUUGGAUCGAGCAGCCUUCAAAAGUUUGGAGCUUUGGUGGCAGUUGGGGCAAUCUCAUGAGACGAAACGAAGCUAGUCAAUGCUCUUAACUUCAUCAUCUUUCUAGUUUCGGUUAUCGAAAAACAAAUGUAUUUACUUAGGAUUUGUAUUAUUAUGCUGUUAAACCAGCCGGUCAGACCAGACUGAAUCUGAACCGAAUUCGUGUUUUGUUUU